AUAUAUAUAUAUGUACAGAUAUUCUCAUUCACUCACACAACUUCAGAUUGUGCAAAUCCUCUUGGAGAGUAUUCUGAUGUUUUGCAAACUCUACAUAAUUUCGAUUUCUCUCUAUGCGUUUAUGUCAGUUUGUGCAGUUGAAAACGCUGAUAUUGCAAACUUUAAACACACCUCCGUUCCUUUAAAUGGUCCAUCUGAUAAUCAUGAAGUUGUUGCACCCAUAAUAAAAGACACUGGUGAUUUGUCAGGAGAAGAAGAUAAAGAAUUUGCCGAUAAAUUGGGUAAAAUAAUAGAUGGUGCUCUUGAAAAAGAAAAUGCAAAAUUGAAAGAAGCCUUCCAACAAACAUUAAGUGAAUUGAAAGAGGAACAGGAGAAAUCAACGAAUUAUGCCAGUGAUUACGGUAUUGAUUUAGUUUUACAGGGGAUUUCCGUUGUCAUUGUGACACUGACAUGCUUCAGUGGUAUGUUUCAAUAAGUGAUUAACUUGUCGAAAAUGUUUUUGUUUAUCUACUUGUGUAUAAAAAUGUUUAUUUG